CACAUGCAAAUUUGAGAUUUUGACAGUAAAGUUGUUAAAAAGUUAUAUAACUCCCUUAAAUUAUAUAUAAUUGACUUCCAGCCGCUAUUUUACAUGUUUCCCUCGUCAUGUCUUUGUAAAAUGCUAGAACUGGCUAGAAAAUAGCCAGAUUGGCAAUACUGGUUGUAGGUUAGUGACAUUACGCAAUCAGAAGCACCCGAUUGAAACAUUGCUUCUUAUUUUUAUACCCUGAGCGCAUUCAAAAUAGGAAUUUAGAGUCUUUUAUAAGAUUUUUUUAUAUUUCAUGGGUAUCUGUUAGUCGAACACUCUCAAGUAGAUCACUGUGAAUCGGUCAGCGUUCAGCUUUAAAAACUUUUACUUUUCUAUUGGGCAAUUUAUAAUUUCGAUUUUCGCUUUAACAAUAAAUAAAAAUUUUUUUUCGCUUUGUUUUUUUUAUUUUAAUUUUACAAAACAGUCUAUCAUUUUUGUCGUUUUUUCAAAUGCGACAGAAGGGAACGACAAAGAGAUACCCUGAACUCACACAAUCAUAGACGCAUAUACACAUGCGUCCCCACUGUUGGACAUAAUUAGUUCCAUUACUUAUGUUCCCGAUCUGUUCUUAUUACAAUAAUCUAUGUGUAAAUAUGGCAUGCAAAGUCAAUAGAUUAUUUACGACACCGUCCAAAAAUUAACUAACUCUUGAGAGCGAAAGUCAGCCGAUCAAGACCAACGCAUACAUUGACAUCUAUUGCGUCAUCUCCAACUUCAUCGUCGCUUUAUAAAAAUGUAAGCUAAUGCAGUCCACAUUCGCCAGCCGGCCACAACAGCAGCAAAUCCAGCAUCUGCCAUGGAUCGGCCAAGACCAAAAUUGAUACGUUAUUUCGUGGUGUGCAUAGCAUUAAUAUUUUGGUUGGACCAUUCAGUAUUAGCUAAAAAAGGAAGAACGGCACGUCAAUUUUGGGUCGAGCCCAAUAAGGACUUAGGCGGCGUUUCGAGCCCUGUGGGACUAGACCCAGUCUUAAGCUAUCUAUCGAUUAGAACAGGUCUAGAUUGUCCACUGUGUGACUCAUCUGUCUACUCCUAUUGCUCGCACAAAGUGGAACAUGAUGUGUGUUGUUGUGGAUUUCCAGGACACCAGUUGCAUCCCUCUCAUUGCGCUAUCUACAACUGUUCCGUUUUAUACGCCAAGUCCUGCUACGAACAUGCCCUGAUAAUGAAUUGUUGCUGUGGGAAUCCAUAUUAGACAGUAUGAUCCACAACAUUACCAAUAUUUAAGUAUUUUUGUAGUUAAUUAUUUAAUUUUUAAAUUUUGGCUAGAAACAAAAAUAAAACAAGUAAAAAGCUCAAGCUAUCCUGAACC